UUUUUGCUUUCUUUUUCUUCAGUCACUGGGACUGUCCAUCACAGAUGAGCAAAUCCAAGAGAUGGAAGCAAACCUGGAUAACAUAGACUUCAAGAUGGCAGCUGAGGAGGAGAAAAGGUUGCGUCAUGACGUGAUGGCUCAUGUGCACACCUUUGCACACUGCUGUCCAAAAGCUGCUGCUAUUAUUCAUCUUGGAGCCACUUCCUGCUACGUUGGCGAUAACACGGAUCUGAUUGUUCUCCGUGAUGGGUUCAACCUGUUGCUCCCCAAGCUUGCCACAGUGAUUAGCCGGCUGACCGAUUUUGCUGAGCAGUAUGCUGACUUACCUACCCUGGGGUUCACUCACUACCAGCCUGCACAGCUAACCACAGUGGGGAAACGCUGCUGCCUCUGGAUCCAGGACCUCUGCAUGGAUCUGCGAAACCUGGAGCGGGCUCGAGACGACUUGCGAUUUCGUGGUGUGAAAGGCACCACUGGCACCCAAGCCAGCUUCUUGCAGCUGUUUGAGGGUGAUCAUGAUAAAGUAGAGGAGCUGGACAGGCUGGUGACUAUGAAGGCAGGAUUUAAGCGAGCUUAUCUCGUCACAGGGCAGACCUAUAGCCGCAAAGUAGAUGUUGAAGUCCUAUCCGUGCUGGCCGGUCUGGGGGCAUCCAUACACAAGAUCUGUACUGACAUCCGCCUUCUUGCCAAUCUCAAGGAGAUAGAGGAACCUUUCGAGAAAGAACAGAUAGGUUCCAGUGCCAUGCCUUACAAGAGGAAUCCAAUGCGUUCAGAGCGCUGCUGCAGCCUGGCUCGCCACCUGAUGACUCUGGUCCUGAAUCCACUCCAAACAGCCUCUGUGCAGUGGUUUGAGCGCACCUUGGAUGACAGUGCUAACAGGCGUAUAUCUUUGGCAGAGUCUUUUCUCACAGCUGACAUCAUACUGAGUACGCUGCAGAAUAUCUCCGAAGGAUUUGUGGUGUACCCCAAGGUGAUUGAGAGGCGGAUCCGACAGGAACUGCCCUUCAUGGCCACAGAGAAUAUCAUCAUGGCCAUGGUGAAAGCAGGGGGUAAUCGCCAGGAUUGCCAUGAGAAGAUACGCAUUCUUUCCCAGCAGGCAGCUGCUGUUGUAAAACAGGAAGGUGGGGAUAAUGACCUCAUUGCUCGUAUUCGUGCAGACCCCUAUUUCAGCCCAAUCCAGGGGCAACUGGAGAGCCUCUUGGAGCCCUCCUCCUUCACCGGACGUGCUUCCCAGCAGGUGGCGAGGUUCCUGAAGGAGGAAGCUCGCCCAAUGCUGACCCCAUACCAAAGCAAGAUGGGUGUGAAAAUGGAGCUGGCACUUUAGGCUGGGCUUGUGGAUGUAUAGGGUGUGAGUGAUAUUAAAAGCCUUUAUAAACCAAACCUA